GUUAUGAACGAACGACAUGAGAGUGAGUAAUAAAUGGCAUUAUUUUCAUUUUUGGGUGAACUAACCCUUUAACAAAGAUUAAUAAAUGCUGCAUAAGUGCAGUUCAUUAUUAGUUCAUGUUAACUAAUGUAGUUAACUAAUGUUAACUAAUGAACCUUAUUGUAAAGUAUUACCAUGUUAACUAAAGAUAAGUUAGUUAUGUGCAUUUUAGUCAUUUUUUUAUUUGUUUUUUAAUGUCUACAUAGUUUUUAUUCAUUUUUAUUUUAGUUUUAGUUAUUUUAGUACAUCAAGAUAAACAAAUUUAAAUGAGAAAUGUUGCCUUACUAUUUUUAUGGUUUUAAUUUUAGUUUUAGAUUACUAUAAUAACUCUGGUUUACAGCCAUUAUUAUGACAAAACAUAUAUGUUAGGAGCUAAAUGAGCUUGUAAUUUAUUUUACAUGGUUCUGACCAUAGGUCAUUUCAACCACACAGAGCUUAGUCACUUUUCAAAGUUAAACUUUGUGCAGUCACAUUUUUAUGUUACUCGUCACACUCCAGCAGAUGAUAUGGUGUGAACACAUUUCCCUAUUAGGCUUUGUCCUACAUUGAGCUUUGAGUGGCACACUGGAGAUUUGAGUUGAUUAAUGGGCCUAAAUAUACACUGAUGAAUACUGUAGGUCCGCUAUGCUGUUAUCAGCACACAAUUAUAUAUCCUAGUUUUCAGUCUCCCUUUGGACCUCCCUUUUGUCACCUUACAUGGGUUAUUAGCACAGAAUUAACCUUUCACUUGUCUUCAAAUACACUAUUAAAAAUAAAAGUUGGCAUCUAAAGGUUCUUUAGAUUAUUUAAAAUGUUGAUCACAUGUUGAAAAAAAAAGUGGUUAUUUUAAGAACUGUUCUAUGGGAAUCCCCUUUUGACACCUUUAUUUGUAAGAGUGUACCUUCAGAAUUAUGUUAUUAAAUAUUAAUGAAAUGACCAGAAAAUGCUUAAACCAAAUACAUGUUUGUGAUUAACUGGUUCAGGGUGAAACAGUAAACAAGCUGUGGCCUAGUGCUCAAACAUAUUAACCUCUUAGCAUUCCACUGUACCGCCCGUGGUACACACACCUUUCAAAAGAGUCCAAAUGGUUCAAGAACAGCAUGCCAUUUUCUUUGGGGAUGCCUUUUUUUUUUUAGGCGUUUUAGGCAAAUUUUACAGGAAUGCUAAGGGGAUAAGACAUGGCGCUCCUGUAAGUGAUACAAGUUUGGAUCCAGCUCUUGUCAAAUAAUGAUUAAAAAAGCCAAUUAUAAAUGUUGCAAAUUUAAAUGUUGGCAUUGCUAGUUUCUAUCAUUUGAAGCUAUUAGAUGUAGGAGCCCAUGAUACUGAGCAUCUCCACUAGAGGGCUCCACCAGGUGGACAUUAUCUCUCAAAGCAACAGGCAGGCAAACUUCUGCUUGUCUCCUUUCAAAUCUUUUCUGAUUUCCAUCUUUUGUUUCUCUCUGCAACUCUUCUUUUCAAGUUGAUCACAUUUCACAUGUCACGUCUUGUGGCAUUCUACUGUCCUUUUUCAUAAUAUCUCCUCAGUAGUCCCAGUGAGAAACAUGUCAGCUGUUGGCAUGAUCUGUUUGGCUGGGGGAAGGGAGGGACAGGUUGAAUUUCAGGCCCUAAGUGUGGUUCAUUUGCGCAUUUCUAUAUAUAGAUGGACAGACAGUAGCUGAUAACUUGUGACAGCUGAGGAAGGAGGUCACACCAAAGCAGACCAUCCUCCGCCAUUUCUCUUUUAGUGUAACAGUGUUAAUACAGUCAGUUCAGUUCUGCAGUGGGAGAGGACCAGGACACCCCUCCCUCCUACUGAAAUAUCACAUCAAACCAUAACAAGAUGGCCUCCAUGUCAGUGGACCCAGUGACAGAGCCGCGGAUGUACCAGCAAACGCUCCUACAAGAUGGGCUCUGUGAUCUCCUGGAUGCUAACAAGUUUGUGGACUGUGUUCUGAAGAUCAGAGACAAAGAGUUUCCUUGCCAUCGGCUAGUGCUAGCUGCUAGCAGCCCUUACUUCAAAGCCAUGUUCCUGUCAGACCUAGAAGAGAGCAAAAAGCGGGAGAUUGUUCUAAAAGACAUCGAACCUGCGAUCAUGGGAAUGAUCCUGAGGUACAUAUACACCUCGGAUAUCAACCUGACUGAGCAGAACGUCCAAGACAUUUUUAUGGCGGCCAACAUGUACCAGAUUCCGUCAAUCUUCAGCGUGUGUGUGUCGUAUCUGCAGCAGAAGCUAGUUCUCAGUAACUGUUUGGCCAUCUUUAGACUGGGACUGUUGCUAGACUGUCCACGUUUGGCCAUGGAGGCGCGGGACUUCAUCUGCGACCGGUAUUCCCUCAUCAUUCGGGACCAAGACUUCCAUCAGCUGGGUCCCGGCGAGUUGGCGGCUAUCAUCACAUGUGACUCCCUGAAUGUGGAACGAGAAGAGUCGGUGUUUGAAUCACUCAUGGACUGGGUGGAAUAUGACACGAAUGAGAGACUGAAAGACCUGCCAGAACUUCUACACUGCAUACGUUUCCGUCUUAUGCCGACAAGUUACUUUAAAGAGAAAGUGGAGGGGCACAAAUUGAUCAAGAUGAAUCAGGAGCUCAAGAAGGAGCUCCAGCUUAUCAAGGAUGCACAGAAAGGACUGCUACAUAGGGUCAAAAGGUCAUCGCACAGAAAGGAAGGCGCAACGGUGGAUUCUGAAGACGAGGAUGAGGAGGGUUUGCUGCCGGGCAUCCUAAAUGACAACCCACGUUUUGGAAUGUUUCAGACAGAUCUUAUUUUGAUGAUUAGCGAUGCAGGAACAGUGGCGUAUGACAUUGGUGGAAACGAGUGCUAUAUGGCGUCUUCAUCCACCGAGAUCCCUAAGAACCACUGCAGUCUUGUCACGAAGGAAAAUCAGAUCUUUGUUGCUGGAGGUCUGAUGUACAACGAGGAGAACAAAGAACAGCCGUUCAGUUCGUACUUUCUUCAGUUUGAUCCCAUGAGCUCUGAAUGGCUGGGGAUGCCCUCACUACCAAACCCUCGCUGUCUGUUCGGUCUGGCUGAGGCUGAGAACUCCAUUUACGUGGUGGGAGGAAAAGAGCUGAAGGAGGGAGAACGUGCACUAGAUUCUGUUAUGAUCUACGACAGACAGUCAUUCAAAUGGGGAGAGUCGGACCCUCUUCCAUAUGCAGUUUAUGGACAUGGAAUUGUUUCACACAAAGGGCUGGUUUAUGUAAUAGGUGGAAAAACUGAGAGCAAGAAAUGCUUGAAGAGAGUGUGUGUCUAUGACCCCACUAAAUUUGAAUGGAAGGAUCUGGCACCCCUGAAAACUGCCCGCUCGCUGUUCGGCACUGCUGUUCACAAAAACAAAAUUUAUGUGGUGACUGGAGUCACUGAUAACGGCCUGACUAGCAGUGUGGAAGUCUACGACAUCGCCAGCAACUCCUGGUCAGAGUUUGUAGAGUUCCCUCAGGAAAGGAGCUCUCUUAAUCUGAUCGAACUGGGCGGCUGCUUGUAUGCUGUGGGGGGUUUUGCUAUGAUGCCCAAAGAGACCACCGAAAAACUGGAGCCCACUGAAAUGAACGACAUAUGGAAGUUUGACGAGGAGGAGAACUGUUGGAACGGGAUCCUGAGAGAGAUCCGUUAUGCUGCAGGGGCCACAGUUCUUGGGGUGCGUUUGAACACCUUGAGACUCACAAAGAUGUGAUCUACAGCUGUCAUCUAUAGACAAAACACACAUAAAACAAUGCCGCCCACAUUUUCAUAAACCAGCAAUACAUAUAUUCCAUUGAAUCAUAAUGAACAUAACAGACCUAGCUUGCUUAAUGUUAAUAUAAUUUGUUUGUGAUAGAUCUUAAGGUAUAUACUGUAAUAGAUCAAUGUUUUAUAUCCAAGUUGUUAUGAAUUUCACUGGGUCAGUGUAUAGAAGAUCUUAGUAUGAUGCAAAUAGUCUAUAAAAGACAUUCUGCUGUUCCAAGAAAAGGAUGGAGAUAAAUACAAGACCCUCUAUUUUUUCAAAAGAAUGCUUUGUUAGUCAUUGUUGAAUAAUUUGACCUUAUUUAAAUGUCCAUGUACAUUGAUUUCUAUCAUUCUAUUAUGUUAUUUUAGAUGACAGCGUAACAUUUUGCAAUUAUGACCAAGUGCAAUGUUCCUAUAUUUUAAAAAAAAAAGAGAGAGAAAUGAAUGGCAAUGACUGAACAAUAAUCUAAUAUACUGUAGACAAUGACCAAACUAAAUGAAAACACUAACAACAUAACAGUUGUCUGUAGUAAUGUCAGUGCACAUAUUGUCGUACACCCUCCAAAGCCAAACAAAAAUAAAAAUAAGACAUUAAGGUAAA